GUCGAUGAAUAAUGACGUAAAAUCAGUCGUACCGGUUCUCACGCAAGUAAACAAGACAAUACACGAACAUUAAACGAUACGGGGACUGCGUCUUAUUUUCCUUUUCUGCUUAGUCGAAGACUGGAUUGAGCGGAACGAGGGAUUUCUUCACGCUGAUCGUGGAUAUGAAAGGGCAACAGAAAAGUUCAGACCCUGAUUGCAAUGUUCCUGUAAUUGAGGAAGGGGCAGUUGCUACUGCUGAGGACCCAUCAGCAAUUGCCACUAUCCAGUCAGCUGCGACCUUCUCUUCAGAACAGCCAAUUAAAUACCUCUUCAAGACAGAGGGUGCUGGGGGGCAGGUAGGGGAACUGUACCCUCCCACCGGACAGGUGACAUACCGGGUAAUUCAGGUUUCAGAUGGGCAACUGGACACACAGACAGAUGGUACCACAGCUGUCAGUGUAGUGGCUGGGUUUCCUGCUACAACACAGCCUGUUACCCAGGCUGUAUUCUCUCAGUCUGAGGGUCUAGAAGGAGAUGGCACAGAAACUCAUUACACUUAUUACCCUGCCACUAUUUCGGAUGCUGGAGCAGGCACUAUGGUCACAGGUGUGCAGACCUCUGAUACAAUCCUCAGCCAGAGCACACCUGCAGGGCAGUUAUAUGUGAUGAUGUCCCCCCAGGAAGUUCUGACGGGAGCAAACCAGAGGUCUAUUGCACCUCGCACACAAACUUACAACACCAAGUCCGAGGCACCGAGGACCUCUAGGGAUGAGAAACGGAGAGCACAGCACAAUGAAGUUGAACGAAGGCGCAGGGAUAAAAUUAACAAUUGGAUUGUUCAGCUUUCAAAGACCAUUCCAGACUGUACUUUGGACUCCACCAAGACAGGGCAGAGUAAAGGAGGGAUCCUCUCGAAGGCUUGUGAUUACAUUCAGGAGCUCCGACAAAGUAAUAACCGAUUGGCAGAGGAGCUCAACACAUUGGAGAGGUUGAGGAUGGACAACCAGCUUUUACGACAAGAAGAUCACCGCUGGCUGGAUGUUAAUUGGAAGAUGGACCACAUCAGCAAAGCACACUGCUACGGUGGAAGACUGGAAAUCCAAGAAUCAGAUUUUAAGGAGUCAACUUAGGCAGCACGGUAUCGUUGCAGCUGCGUCUGGGGAACCCCAGUGAAGAGUGGGGGAGAUGUCACUGGCUUUGUUCCGCUGUAGGCGGUCCAUGAAUUUUAGGACCAUGGCACGGAAAUUCAGAAUCCAAAUCAGAAGUGUUUUUUUUGGCAUAAGACCUUAAUCAACAUCCAGCUGGUUUUGAGGCUGCAGUGGCAAUCAUGGACAAUGCUUAAUGCAGGACUUAUAGGUCAUACUAAUGAGGUUCCUUUUAAUGCAGGACGUGUAGUUUAUACUAAUGAGACUCCUCUUACUGGACCUUGCAUUAUUAUGUAUAUAUUUGUUUUGUACACACAUUUUUCACAAUAUCUAAUUAUGCAUUUGCUUUUAUAUGUUGGUAAAAUCUGCAAAAAUUGAGCAUGAAAGACUUCAUUUGUUUUAUACAUGUCUAACCUUUGUGAGGACAGUCAUCAUUUUUGCAUGUCAUUUUUAUUGUGGCUGCUAAGGGUUUAUGACGACUACUUUUUUCUGGUCAUGUGCAGAAACAUUCUGCAUUAUGCAUAAUGCCAUUCAGUAUGUAUAUGCAUCUGAAAUAAAUAUAUUUCUUUUGUCUGUAACAGUCAACCAUUAAAUAUUUGUCUCUGA